AUGGGUGUGGCUGGAACACGGGGGGACAUCGUGGCAUGGGGAUGGAGCAUGACCGGCCGUAGGUUGGAAGAAGCUGGGAGCGAGGCAGCUCGUAGGCUGGAUGGAGAAGAGGAUGAGCGGCGCUGGCUGGUGGAUAAGGUCAAGGGAGAAGGAGCGAUGGUGAUGUGUGGAGAAGAGGCACAAAGUGAUAUGGCUGCUGCUAGAUGUCGCUUUGCAUACAAUUGCGACGCUGCUGUUUGUCUGGACUGCCAUGGUUUAAUGUUUCUGCUAGAAGAUGAUGCUCUAUUGCCAUUGUUGCCAAGUACAACAUAUAAAGGAUACACUUUGUGA